AUGAGAAUUACCCGCAGAGUGAAGGGGUAAUCGGUAACGACGGGGAUUUCUCGUUAAACCGAGCGCUCCAACAGAUAUAUAAAUAUAAAGCAACAACAGAAUUUUCGCGGCUAAACCGAGCGACGUCUGCUUCCACUGGCGCGGAAUCAAAACCGAUGAACGAGAGAGGAAAAAGAGCGAGAGAGAUAGUUAUACCACGACUUUACUCCAAUUAUUCUUUUAAAGAUUUAUUUUCUCUGUCGAGCAGAAAAGUUGUUCGCACAUGUUUCAUUACGCGCAUUAAUAACGUUGCCGCGUAUUUGUUUCCUAGAAAUAUUGUUGAAAAACCAAUCGAAAACUAUUGUGAAUUUUUAUACAAAGACGAAGCGUCUCAUCUCCUUUUUACUAUGCAUCAUUAAAGUUUAUGCGCGGAAGAAAGCUAAAUUUCUUCUACCGUAAGUUUUAAUGGAAUUGGAUAUUGCAUCGGGUCGCGCGAAGAAAGGCAAAGUUCACCACAAAUGGAGAUACAAUAGAGUAAGAUGUGACUAGAUUUCACUGAGUGGAGAUUACACGGAGCAGCAAGCUACUCGGAGUUAGCGUCGAGAAUAUCAAGCGUCACGUAUAUUAAAGAGAGCAGAUUCAAAAACCAUGACAAAGUAUAUUAAUGAUUUGUGUCCCUCUCAAUUGGGCGCUAAUUUCAAAUUAUGCAUCUGCACAAAACGUACGACUGUAACAUUGUCUCUGAAAAUAAAUUUGAUACAAAGUAGUGAACAGAAGCAACGCAAAGUACAGAUUAUUCAAGUAAACGGAAUUUAUAAAAGACCCACGAACGCACGUCGUACGACGUGUUGUUUCUACCAAAAUGGCCCGAUAAAACUACACGCGGUACGAAAAAUUCAAAGUUUUAUGAACGAACCGUGAUACGUUUACGAUUCGCAUAACUUUCGCGCACGUCGCAUUACGAUCUAUAAUUUCGUGUCGAUUGCGGGUUUACUUUAACGCGUCGGGAUUUCGUGGCGUCUAUUGCGAGUUUCAAUGCAAUCGCGAAUAGGCUGUGUACGGGCUGUGCACGGUUGUAUACAUGUCGCGCGUUAAUCGGCCCGAUAACGUGAAAAAUUAAUGCGCGGGCUCCUGUCACGCGAUAAAGACAUCCUGUAUCGUUGACUCCAAUUAUACGGCGACUCGCGUGUGAAUCGACAAGAUAAACUUGUUCCUGCUACGUCCUGCUAGAGGAAGUUCUGGAAUUACGCGGCUAAAUACGCAAAGAUAGGAUUAAUCGAUCGUCUUGAUCGCUCCGAUUUCGUGAAUAAGAUUGCUGGCGGUUAGCAAAGAUACCUAGAAGGUACUUGAGGACGCUUAUCACACAAACUCUCCAAACACAACAGACGUAUCCGCAGUAAGUACCUGUCAUAGUGGGCGUCACAACGACUGACACGUACAAUGACAAUCUCGUGUGACAACACACCGAUAUCCCUUAAUCCUCGCUGACGGAGAUGCACACAUUCGAGGCGACACCGUAAACCAAAAGCAUAAAUCGAAGACCGAAGAGUGUGUUCUUGUGUUUUCGUGUGUCAAGGCGAACUUGUCCUGGGGCUUGUUAAAAAUCACUCCUGUGUCCGUUGCUGAGACGUCAACAACAAGUGUCUUACACGAUGCGACGCAACGACACGAUAAUUCGACGUGAUCGUGCCAACUGAAUGGGGUAAUUGUUGACGGAGGAAACUGAAGAGUGAUGGCACGUCGAGGUACGAUUCAUCUCGACGUGCAUGUGCACGUGUGACUUGCAGUGCCAAAGUGCGAGGGAAGAUCGGGAUCGUGUCGACGUGGAUCCUUGUGACGUAGCUUGACUUGGCUUGAGUUGCCAAACCGACUUCAACGUUGCGAUUCGUAUGCACAGGAAGCUCCUUGCAAUCUGUCAGGCGGGAAACAGGAUUACGGAUGUGACGAUACGAUGACGCGAGAUCCGCAACGACGGAGAGAUCAUUCUCGCACUGUAAAUCGGUGGAUCGCGAGGAUGGUCCUCCAAAUCCUGUUAAUACAGAAUUUCGUUACAUUUAAAGCCGUAGCUCAGAUAGCCGAAUGUCCGCCGUCAGAGACAAUUCCGGGCUGUCCUUGCUAUAACUUUGAAGACGGUCUCUUUCUAGAAUGCGCUGGCGCUACGGAAGAAACUCUAAAAACUACAUUACAAGGCGUGCUAAGUAUAAGCGGUACGGGCACGAUGGUACAGUCAUUGAGCGUUUACGAGCUUGACAAGAGCAUCGAGGAACUGAGAGAGGACGCUUUCCCGCCCGGAUCGCAAAUCAGGCAUCUCCAAAUAUCACAUUCAUCCUUACGCGAAAUAAGCGAGGGGGCCUUUACGAAUCUAAAGGAUAGCCUGGAAUCUUUGGCACUGGUUUCCGGCCGCUUAUCUCACGUGCCUCAAAAAUCAUUAGCCGACUUACGAAAGCUUGCUGCUCUGGAUCUCGAGACGAAUUUGAUACAGGAUCUUUCGUCCUACUGCUUUUAUGGCUUGAAGCUAAUGAAAUUGACUCUGAAGGGUAAUCAAAUAUCGAAAAUUUCCGAAUACGCGUUUGCGGGUCUCGAAGAUAGUCUCAGCGAUCUGGAUCUAGCGGAAAACAAGCUGAAGUUGUUUCCUAUGGCACCCAUGAGAAGACUCGAGAGUUUAGCUUCACUUAGGCUGGCGUGGAACGAGAUAUCGGAAUUACCCGACGACGGUUACAGUCUUCUUAGCUCCCUGUUGAUCCUCGAUCUGAGCAGUAACAAUUUUGAGAAGCUAGCUGAAGAUUGCUUCAGGCCCUGCCCGAUCCUUCACACUUUAUCUCUUUACUACAACUCCAUCGAGAGCAUUCACAAGGACGCCUUCGUAUCGUUGAAGGAUCUAGAAUCGAUCGACUUGAGCCAUAAUAAAAUCGUUUUCCUCGAUGUGACAACAUUUAAAGGAAACGAACGACUGCGCACGAUCGAGCUUAGUCAUAACCACAUUCACUACAUCGGCGGUGUAUUUGCGAGGUUGCCCGAACUGAGGGAACUUUAUCUGGCGGAAAACAAUAUUCUCGAGAUCCCGGGAGAUGCGUUCGCUGGCAGCGUUAGUCUCGCAGUGGUAUAUCUACAGCAGAAUGCCAUUCGAAGGAUCGACGCCAAGGGUCUCACGAGUCUCACGCAGCUGGCCCAAUUGCAUCUGAGUAACAACUACAUCGAGAAGGUGCCGCGGGAGUUCCUCGAACAUUGCGAAAACCUCUCGUCGCUCUCUCUAGAUGGUAACAAGAUCCGCGAACUACAACCGGGCACCUUUGUCAAGCUGCAUCAGCUGCGCGAGCUGCGGCUACAGGAUAAUCAUAUAACGGAGGUGAAGCGUGGCGUUUUCACGCCGCUUCCGGCGCUCCUCGAGCUCCAUUUGCAAAACAACGCCAUUACCUCUAUGGAAACGGGCGCGCUAAGAACGUUGAAUAGUCUCCAGCACGUUAAUCUACAGGGCAAUCAAUUGACUAUGCUCGGCGACGUCUUUCAGCUAUCCGCCUCGGAGUCGUCUUCCGGCGGAAGCUCUUUGGUGUCCAUUCAGUUGGACAGUAACGGCCUGGCAGUGCUGCACAAUGAUUCUCUGCGCGGCCAAGCGUCCGUCAGAAUCAUGUGGCUUGGCCACAACAAGUUGACACAUUUGCAAGCGCCUCUCUUCAGGGAUCUCCUUUUAGUGGAGCGUCUUUAUCUGACGAACAAUUCUAUAUCUAGAAUCGAGGACGGUGCUUUUCAGCCAAUGCAGGCUUUGAAAUUCCUCGAGCUUAGUAUGAACAAGCUGAGUCACGUAACGGCGAAAACGUUCUCGGAGUUGCACGAGCUCGAGGAACUAUAUUUACAAAAUAAUGGUUUGAAGCGGCUCGAUCCUUACGCGUUAACGGCGCUCAAGAAGCUGAAGGUAUUGGACCUGGCGAAUAAUUAUCUCACCGUUUUGCAAGACGCGAUUUUUCAGGAGGAUUUGCCAAUUAGGACGUUGAACUUGAAGAACUGUUCGAUAAUCACGAUAGAGAAUGGUGCCUUUCGCGGACUCAAUAAUCUGUUCGAUCUCAAUUUGGAUGACAAUCUUCUCACAGCAUCGGCGCUUCUGAAUUUGCACAUCCCUGGUCUUCGAACAUUAGUGGCAUCCGGUAACAACUUCAGUCAGAUUACGGAACACUGUUUCAACGGGCUGCCAUCUCUACAAGAGCUGCUCCUGGACGAUUCGCAAAUAGGCCAGCUGCCGGAAACUAUCUUCGUGCUGAAUCGAAAUCUUGUGCGUUUGCAUUUAAAUUGUAAUCAUCUGCGCACUCUGCCGCCAGGCAUUUUUGAUAGAAUGCACUCGUUGCGAGAAAUACGUCUGGAUUAUAAUCGAUUCCAAGACAUUCCGUAUUCGGCGCUGGCGAGUGCUCGCAAUCUCGAAAUCCUCACAUUGUCCACCAACGAAAUCAUCAACGUCGAUGUGGCGAGUUUCGCCAGUUUAAAGCAUCUGAGAGAGCUGGAUCUGAGCCACAAUAAAAUUGAAACAAUGUCCGGCUUUGCGAUGGCCAAUUUAUCACUUUUGACAUCUGUGGAUCUCAGUCACAAUAAUUUAAAUGCGCUACCGGCGAACUUCUUCGCGCAUUCAUCUUUAUUGCGAAGAGUCGAUUUAUCGGAAAAUAAAUUUCGACAAAUACCCGCGGUCGCUCUCUCGGGUCAGAAUCUCCCCGGUCUUGCAUGGCUAAAUCUUACCCGGAAUCCUUUAAAUAGAAUCCACGAUCUGCCAUCGGAAGCAAUGUAUCCUAUUCUCCAGGAAGUGCACAUAUCCGGCACGAAUCUCAGUAUAGUAACCUCGCAAGACUUCGAGGCCUUUCCGGCAUUGCUGCACCUUUAUUUAGGGCAGAAUGGCAUUCUUCGAGUAUCGCCAGGCGCGUUUCGAAGCCUGCCGAAUCUACUCACUCUUCAUCUCGGCAUGAACAGUUUAGAGAUCCUGCCAAAGGAGAGACUUCAGGGUAUGGAACACUUGCGCAUACUCAAUUUAACGCAUAACCGUCUGAAAGAGCUCGAGGAGUUUCCGGAAGAUCUCAAAUCACUUCAAAUACUGGACUUGUCCUACAAUCAAAUCGGCAUCGUCGGCAAAGUGACGUUCAAGAAUUUAAUUAGCCUGAUCGAGCUGCAUCUUUACGGUAACUGGAUAAACGCCAUCUCCAGCGAGGCAUUUAGACCCCUGAAGAAGUUACGUCUACUUGACUUGAGUAGGAAUUACUUGGAAAAUUUGCCACUGAACGCUUUCCGGCCACUCGAGACGCAAAUAAGGAGCCUGCGGGCUGAAGAGAACCCCUUACACUGUGGCUGCGAAUCGCAAGAGUUGUGGGAAUGGUUAAGGGAUCAUCAGAAACUGGUGAGUGGAGUCGGUGGGGGUCGUAGCCGCGGAAGAAAUGGCGUCGGAGUCGGUGACGUCGAGGGUGGUUUGUUAAGAUGCGAACAGCCGCCUGAGCUACGGGGUCUCGUCUUCCUCGAUCUUGACCCCCACGCCUUCUGUUCCGCUCCACUGGUUUUGAAACUCGCAAUUCAAGACAUUCAGCCCUUCUCCGUUCUGGUAUCGUGGCAGAGCAGAAAUCAUUCCGGCCUCCAUGGAUACCAAGUGGCGUACCACGCCUUGGAUAAUGUCGACGAGGUACGAGGUAAGCUGCUGGAUCCAAAGGCACGCUCGGUGAGAUUGACAAAGUUGGUGUCUGACACGCGCUAUCUGAUUUGCGUACUCGGCUUAGGCAGUUGGGGUACGCCAAUCCCGGAGGACAUCGGUUCCUGGCAAUGGAAUGCCUCGCAUGACGACGUGAUCGUAGGAUCCUCGCUGCCCGUGAUGGUGAAUUCACCUACGAGCCGGUGCACCGAGGUCAGAACUUUGGACGCGCCCGAUUCGGUUGUGGGCGAUGGUACGGUGAGCGAUAGAGGCGGUCUGGCGAGUAUCCUCACGAGACGGCUAGGCCUGAUCGUAGGCAGCUGCAUGGGCUUCGUCGUCUUCGUGGUGCUAAUUUCCGUUCUGGGUUACAUGAAGAUGAAAAAGCAACGCGCGACGAUUAAGCGAGAUCAACCGUUGUCCUCGAAUCCGCCAGAAUACAUGUCUUACAGGCACUUCUCCUUGCAAAGCGGCGACAGAGCGGAGAACGCAUGUCCGAGUUUCAUCAGCAACAUCGGACCGCCAUCCCUCGGUUCGUAGCAAAAGGCGAAGGAGUCUCGAAAAGAGACCGCUCAACACGACAUUGAAAUGAAAACCAUGUCGACUUGUACCAGUAUCUAUAGCUAAUAAUCGCGCGGGUAAAAGAGACGUGUCGAUGACAUUUGCGUAUUGUCGUCGAAAAUGUGACAAGAAACGAGACGGCCGUGUGGAUUGGGCGUCCGAACUAUUUGCGCGUAAUUAAAAUAUUACGUCGGAAUUGUUUUGAGUAAUCAAAUGUGAAAUCAUCGAUUAUAUAAUCGUCGAUUACAUAGUGUGUGAUGAUGUCGUGAUAAUUUUAUUCCGCUGUCACGACGAUCGAUCAACGUAAUUUCUUUUAUUUGGAGUACGUAAUCUAGGUAAGAUACUGAUAUACGCAUACUGUUCGAUCUUUUGUAGCGAAUGAUCAAAUCGACACCAAUCGAUAAAAAUUUUUUAAUCGACAGCGAUACAUCAACAAUGUAGAAGAAUUUUUGUACUAUCUCAUCAAACCACACUACCGCUCUCGUGAUUAUCUGCUCAUCAUUAUACCAAGAGAAAAAUGCGAUAAAGCAAAGUGCCAAAAAACCGUGGAUACAAUGCUUUCAUUAACAGCGCGAUUUCUACUACGAGAAUAUCUUCGAAUGACUUAAUCUUAUCAUACAUCGGCGGGAAGCGAUGGUGCGCGACUUAAACGCGUUUAAAAGCCUUGUGCCAAAAAAAACUGUAAAACGUAAAAAAUUCCGAGGAUUCCGAGGAUUCCUCCUGCAAGAGAAUCAAAUGCGCGCGAUAAAUUAACUUGGACAAGAAAUUUUUUUCCAAGAAGAGUAUUCUUCACGAGAAGAGAAAUGUUUUUUACGACGCGUAUCAUGAAAACCGGCUGUCAGCGGCGAGUAAUUCCGCUGCUUUACCG